AUGGAGAAUCAUCGACCGUGGAAACAGGCGGGUCAGAUCCUCCCGCCGUCUCCACAGCAGCCAAACGACGCCCACUACGAGUACGAACGGCAGCGGCAACAUCAGUUUCAACAACUACAACCUCAACAGCAACAGCCGCAGCAGCCGCAACAGCAACACGUACCGAUACAGGCUAAGGGCCACACAUUGUCCAAAGUCUCUACCAAGUCCGCUCAAGCCUUAAAAUCAUCAAAGUCGUCAACGCCCUCAGACAUCCCGUCUUUCACCUUCAUCGACCACGAUGACGAUCUCACCUCCAAAAGGAUCAAGGACAAGAAAGCCCGAAAGGCCAUCAGAUCCCAUGUCAUGCGCGACGUGCGGCGAAGGGAGAGAUUGGCUGGUCUAAAGAGGACGUCCAAGCGUGGUGCUACUAAGGACAAAGCUUCACCACCCUCCGCCGAUCAAGAUAGCACCGAGACCACCUGCAGCACAAAGGACCGGCGGAAAGCCAUUGCCAGUGCUAACGCUACCGAUGCGGACAUGAAAAAAGAUAUUGACAAUAAUAGUAUUUCAGAUAGGACGACGAUGAGUCCAAGUCCGAUUUCGACUUCGGAAUUGUCUAUGAUUAGCAGAUCGCCGUCUGGAGAAGGAACAUCGAUCGCCUCCCUCAUACUGGAGCAGGAUCGUUCGGAUUUCCCCUCCUUUCCCAGUCCCUUGGGGGACACCACUUCUUGGGCUUUCGACCCCUUCAGCACGCUCCCAGGUGCAAGCCCCUCGACUAAUGAUGUAAUAGAUGGUCUGAUAAAAUAUUUCUCCGCCGUCCUAAUCCCAAUGACUUUCCCCGCCGAAACAAGGCAACCUCAAGACAGCAAGAACCGUAUGGCCCUUAUCAUCUCCGCCACAAUCUCUGAACCAGGGCCUUUCUUCGGCUACAUGAGUCUGUGCGCCGCCCAUCGCGCUGUCUUGCAGGGGAAGCAUUCGGAACUGGUGGCUACUGCGCCCACAGGGGCUGGCAAGGAGCGCGUUCUGUUCGAGCCAGAUUAUUAUAUGAUGAAAGCUCGAUGUAUUCGUGAGAUGAAUAGGAAACUUCAGGAUCCAGUGCUGGCACUGACGGAUUCAGCAUUUGAUAUCGUUGUUAGCUUGACGUCUUGUGCCUUGACCAUUGGUGAUUUCGACGAAGCUAGAGAUCAUAUCCAGGGAUUGAAGCAAAUGGUUGACCUGCGCGGAGGCGUUUUCGGGCCCUCAUUCCAAGGCGAGGGAGUUCGUUUGCUCUCUAAUGUUUUAAUAUGUGACAUCAUGUCCGCCUCCGCGUUAAUGUCCCGCCCACUUUUCCCCCUAACUUGGGACCCACAACCCAUCCCACCAGAGACCAAAGAAAGGAUCAUCCCACCGCACACCUCCCCACUAUCAAAUAUCGGCAUGGCCCUCUGCACAAACGAAGCCCUCUCCAACCCGCUCCAAAAAGCCCUCAUGGGCCUUCGCGAAAUCCUCUUCUUCGAACACGCAAACACACGGGACCCAGAAAACUUCUCCGCCCUCGAAAACGAAAUCUUCCUCUUCAAAAGUCACGAGGUGGAAUUUGAGUUGCUGGAUUAUCCAUUCCGCCUCGCACGCAACUCCACCUCUGCAACCUCAGAAACAACCCCCCAGUCCCCCAUCUCCCUCCAACCCAUCGAAAACGUUGCCCGAGUCGCAGCCAUCUGUCAUAUAAACAACUUUUUCAUCGUUUCCCCACCGUCAUCCGGCCUCGGCCGCGCUCUAAGUCGCCACCUCGCGAUGGCGCUAAGUCGGUUCCCAACUGCGGCAUUCCCUAGAUUACCGAACGCGUGGCUCAAUUUGAUUACCUGGGCGGCGUUCCUGGGUGCGCGCGGCUCGAAGGGCCAAAAGGCGAAGCCGUGGUUUCUGCAACGGCUGAGGGAGGUUGCGGAGGUUAGAGGGUGGAUCCAGUCUGGAUCGUUGUCUGGGUCACGGUGGGAUGAGGAUGAUGGGAAUGGAGAGGAUGGAAAUGGAGAAGAUGGGUGGGCGGCGGUCGAGGAGGCGUUGAAGGGUUACUUGUAUAUUCCUGAGUUACACGGCGGGGUGUUCCGGAGCAUCUGGCAAGAUGUUGUGGAGGGGCCUGUUGUUGUGGAAGUUGGGUAA